GCUAGCGCCGGCCGAGACUUUAAAUCGCCUUCAUUUCCCCCAAAUCCUUCCUUUUCCUCUCCUCCCCCAGGCCGGCGGGGAGGCAGCUUCCACCGCCCUCCGCGCGCCCUCGCCCGGCCUUGCACUGCCUCCAGGGACCGCCAGCAGCCCGCCCCCAAAAGUUGGAACAUUUUUUCUUUUCUCUUUCUGGCUUCUCCUUCCUUUUCAGUGAAAGCAGAAAAGGAGAGAGGCAGGGGCGAACGCCGCGCCGGACUCCCGAGACCAUGGGCCUGGCGCGGGCGCCCGCCGCGGGGCCCCGGCCGUGCUGCUGGGCUGCUCGGGCGCCCCUGGGUGCUGGGCUGCGCUGGGGGCACCGGGGCCGCGCGCUCUGAGCCGGCCUGGCGCGACGGGGCGGGGGGCUGGCGGCCCCAUGGGGCUCGCCCACACUUGCCCCCCGGGCUCGGGAGCAUGAAGUAGGGGCCUGCCAUGGGCGCGGGAUCGGCACCGGGGGCCCGAGGCACAGCGGCGGCGGAGGCACACGGGGGGGGCUUUCUCUUCGCCUGGAUCUUGGUCUUGUUCGCCUGUCCCCUGGUCUUCACCCAAGAAGCUCCUGAAGAUGUGGACGUCCUCCAGCGGCUGGGCCUCAGCUGGACUAAGGCAGGGCCCAGCCGGAGCCCCGCGCCCCCAGGAGUCAUUCCCUUCCAGUCAGGAUUCAUCUUCACACAGCGGGCACGGCUCCAGGCUCCCACGGCCGCCGUCAUCCCUGCCACUCUGGGCUCAGAGCUGGCGCUGGUACUCAGCCUCUGCUCCCAUCGGGUGAACCAUGCCUUUCUGUUCGCUGUCCGAAGCCGGAAGCACAAGCUGCAGCUGGGACUGCAGUUUCUCCCUGGCAAGACGGUUGUGCACCUGGGGCCCCGGCGUUCUGUGGCCUUCGACCUGGAUGUGCACGAUGGUCGCUGGCACCACCUGGCCUUGGAAUUACGCAGCCGCACUGUCACUCUGGUGACGGCCUGUGGGCAGCGCCGGGUGCCUGUCCCGUUGUCCUUCCACAGGGACCCUGUGCUUGAUCCUGAAGGCUCCUUCCUCUUGGGGAAGAUGAGCCCCCGGGCUGUCCAGUUUGAAGGUGCCCUGUGCCAGUUCAGCAUCCACCCUGUGCCACAGGUAGCUCACAACUACUGCAGUCAUCUGAGAAAGCAGUGUGGACAGGCCGACGUGUACCGGCUCCAGCUGGGACCCCUCUUUCCCCGAGACCCGGGAAGACCCUUGGCCUUCCACGCUGACUUGGCCCUGCCAGGCAUGGGGAACUUGACCACUGCCAUACCAGCCCUGGGGCCACAGCCAACAGGCAGGGGGCUCCAGAUGACUGUGACUCCUGCCGCUACGCCCAAGCCUCUAAGGACUAGCUCCACAGACCCUCGCCUGCGUGUCACGGCUGGAGGUCCAGCCAGGACAGCACUGCCACCUGCCAAGCUCUCAGCCAGCAAAGUGCUUCCCUCUGCACCUCCAGCCACUGGAGCCUCUCCGGCCAUCUUCACCAGAGAACCUCGCCCCACAGCUGCCCAAACCUUGUCGCUCGUCACAACCCCUCAAAUCCAUAAGGCCCCCCAGAGUCUCCCAACCAAGCCUUCAGCCCCCUUGUCAGCGCUCCCUGCCAAAAGCCUCAGACAAGCCCCCAAGAUAGCUCCGUCUUCAUCCAUAAGGUUUGGCCCGCACACCCAGAAGCUGCUGCCACCCACUUCCCGCCCAGCUCCUGCCAAAGUCUCCCAUCCCUUAGGCAAGUCCAUCGAGAAGACCUCCAUGACGCCCCAGCCUCGGCCACCCAACACCCAGCCUCUGCCAACCAGCACCCGACCUGCGUCACCUAGCAGCCGGCCCUUGCCUCCCACUGUGGGCAGCUCUAAAAAGCCUGUCCCCACAGGGGCCCAGAUAGAGGCCAGGUUGCCUAAUCGUGCCAACAAACCAGCCUCUGCCCACAUGAGCAUCCACAAACCUUCCCGGCCCAAUGCUUCACCCCCACCUCGUUCCCCUGGCCCUGAGUCUACCAGGCCCCCUGGGCCACCAGCCACAUUGGUGCCUCCCAUUUUGGGCAGCAGAAUUCCCAGAACAACUCCAUCUCCCACCCUUACACCUGACCUGGCCACUACUGGAAACAAGAAGCCCAUCGGAUCGGAAGCCUCAAAGAAAGUCGGAGCCAAGAGCAGCUCCCCAGAGCUCAUCCCUUUCAGACCUGAGAAGGCAGCCAGGGACACCCUGCUAAAUGCCCCGACUGCCAGGCCAAACCCUAGACAGCCCCAGUCUGGUGGGCAGGCCAUCCCGGCCCUGGCUGUGGCCCCAGCACGAUUCCUGUCCUCCCCGAGCAGUGGUUAUUCCUUCUUCCACCUGGCAGGAGCCACGCCCUUUCCCCUGCUGACAGGGCCUCCUGGGCCCAAGGGAGACUGUGGCAUGCCGGGUCCCCCGGGGCUGCCUGGGAUGCCCGGCCCCCCUGGUGCCCGAGGGCCGCGGGGUCCUCCUGGGCCUUAUGGAAAUCCAGGCCUUCCUGGGCCACCUGGAGCCAAGGGACAGAAAGGGGACCCGGGGCUCUCACCAGGAAAGGCCCACGAUGGGGCCAAGGGCGAUGUGGGCUUGCCGGGGCUCGCCGGGAAUCCAGGACCUCUGGGACGCAAGGGCUACAAGGGCUAUCCUGGACCAGCAGGGCACCCUGGAGAACAGGGGCAGCCAGGACCUGAGGGCAGUCCAGGGGCCAAAGGUUACCCUGGCAGGCAGGGACUCCCCGGACCAGUAGGAGACCCUGGCCCCAAGGGCAGUCGGGGCUACAUUGGACUCCCAGGGCUCUUUGGCCUGCCAGGGUCUGAUGGAGAACGGGGUCUGCCUGGCGUUCCUGGCAAGAGGGGCAAGAUGGGUAGGCCGGGCUUCCCUGGAGACUUUGGGGAAAGAGGGCCUCCUGGACUCGAUGGAAACCCCGGGGAGCUGGGCCUGCCAGGACCUCCAGGAUUCCCUGGCCUCCUUGGUGACAUGGGAGCAUUGGGUCCGAUUGGCUACCCAGGACCCAAGGGCGUGAAGGGGCUGAUGGGCAGCGUGGGGGAGCCCGGACUGAAAGGUGAUAAGGGUGAACAAGGGCUUCCAGGUGUGUCGGGAGAUCCCGGCUUCCAAGGAGACAAGGGGAGCCAGGGGCUGCCAGGGUUCCCAGGUGCACGGGGGAAGCCAGGACCUCUGGGCAGAGUUGGAGACAAAGGAUCUCUUGGGUUUCCUGGGCCCCCCGGCCCUGAGGGAUUCCCAGGAGACAUUGGACCCCCUGGAGACAAUGGCCCGGAAGGCAUGAAGGGUAAGCCUGGAGCCCGAGGCCUGCCAGGACCCCGUGGGCAGCUGGGGCCCGAGGGAGACGAGGGGCCCACGGGGCCGCCGGGAGCCCCAGGCUUGGAGGGUCUGCCCGGCAGGAAGGGGUUUCCCGGGAGGCCUGGUCCAGAUGGCUUGAAGGGAGAACCUGGGAAUCGUGGACGGCCGGGGCCCAUGGGCGAGCAGGGACUUCUGGGAUUCAUCGGUCUGGUCGGAGAGCCAGGGAUCGUGGGAGAAAAGGGUGACCGAGGCAUGAUGGGGCCUCCAGGAGCACCUGGUCCUAAGGGGUCGAUGGGUCAUUCUGGAACGACAGGUGGUGUUGGGACCCCUGGAGAGCCUGGACCUCCAGGUCCUCCAGGGUCACGAGGCCCACCAGGCCCAAGGGGAGCCAAGGGACUCCGGGGUCCCCGAGGACCGGAUGGACCAACUGGGGAGCAGGGAUCCAGGGGCCAGAAGGGCUCCCCAGGACCACAGGGCAAACCUGGCCAGCCCGGACAGCAGGGGCCAGCUGGAGAGCGAGGCUACUCAGGCAUGCAAGGCUUUCCCGGCAUCCCUGGUCCCUCAGGCCCACCUGGCACCAAGGGCCUCCCUGGAGAACCGGGCCCUCAGGGACCCCAAGGGCCAAUAGGUCCUCUGGGAGAUAUGGGACCCAAGGGGCCGCCGGGUGCAGUGGGAGAACCAGGCGUUCCAGGGGACGCUGGGAUGAAGGGUGACCUGGGACCCCUGGGUGCCGCUGGGGAGCAGGGCCUCAUUGGGCAGCGGGGAGAUCCUGGCCUGGAAGGCGACAGUGGCCCUGUGGGACCUGAUGGGGUGAAGGGGGACAGGGGUGACCCAGGCCCCGAUGGUGAACGUGGAGAGAAAGGCCAAGAAGGGCUGAAGGGUGAAGAGGGGCCCAUUGGCCCCACUGGCAUCAUUGGAAUCCGGGGUCCAGAAGGAAAACCAGGAAAGCAAGGCGAGAAGGGCCGGGCCGGGGCCAAGGGUGCCAAAGGCUACCAAGGACAGCUGGGUGAGAUGGGCGUCCCUGGAGAAUCAGGACCCCCUGGUACCCCAGGCCCCAAAGGGUCACGGGGCAGCUUGGGACCAACGGGAGCUCCAGGACGGAUGGGAGCCCAAGGAGAGCCAGGACUGGCUGGUUAUGACGGACACAAAGGCACUGUGGGACCCCUUGGACCCCCUGGACCCAAAGGCGAAAAGGGCGAGCAGGGCGAAGAUGGCCAGGCUGAAGGGCCCCCAGGGCCGCCUGGAGAUCGGGGCCCUGUGGGUGACCGAGGAGACCGCGGGGAGCCUGGGGACCCUGGAUACCCUGGGCAGGAGGGCGUGCCAGGCCUGCGAGGGAAGCUGGGCCAGCAGGGACAACCCGGGCAUCCGGGACCCCGGGGACGGCCGGGACUCAAAGGAUCGAAAGGUGAAGAGGGACCAAAGGGAAAGCCAGGCAAGGCUGGGACACCGGGCUGGAGGGGGGUCCAGGGCCUGCAGGGCCCGCCAGGGCCCAGGGGCGUAGUGGGGAGACAGGGCCCCGAGGGCGUUGCUGGACCAGAUGGGCUUCCUGGCAGGGACGGUCGAGCUGGACAGCAGGGCGAGCAGGGGAAGGAUGGGGACCCAGGCCUCAUGGGCCCUGCGGGGAAGAGAGGAAAUCCAGGCGUGGCAGGCUUGCCAGGAGCACAGGGACCCCCCGGAUUCAAGGGUGAAAGCGGGUUGCCUGGGCAGCUGGGACCCCCUGGCAAGCGAGGCACAGAGGGCGGAACAGGACUUCCUGGGAGCCAGGGGGAGCCUGGCUCUAAAGGCCAGCCGGGUGACACUGGCGAGAUGGGCUUCCCGGGAAUGGCUGGCCUCUUUGGGCCCAAGGGUCCCCCUGGAGACAUCGGCUUCAAAGGCAUCCAGGGCCCACGGGGGCCUCCUGGCUUGAUGGGCAAGGAAGGCAUCAUCGGGCCCCUCGGGAUCCUGGGACCCUCCGGGCUUCCGGGUCCAAAGGGGGACAAAGGCAGCCGGGGAGACUUGGGACUGCAAGGUCCGAGGGGUCCUCCUGGCCCAAGAGGGCGACCUGGACCACCGGGUCCUCCAGGGAGUCCAAUCCAGUCUCAGCAAGAUGACCUCGGGGCAGCUUUCCAGACGUGGAUGGACACGAGUGGAAUGCUUAGAGCCGAGAGUUAUAGCUCCUCGGACCGCCUGGUGCUGGAUCAGGGAGGGCAGAUCUUCAAAACUUUACACUACCUCAGCAACCUCAUCCAGAGCAUUAAGACGCCCCUGGGCACCAAGGAGAAUCCCGCCCGGGUCUGCCGGGACCUCAUGGACUGUGAGCACAAGAUGGCAGAUGGUACCUACUGGGUGGACCCAAACCUUGGCUGCUCCUCUGACACCAUUGAAGUCUCCUGCAAUUUCACUCAUGGAGGACAGACGUGCCUGAAGCCCAUCACGGCCUCCAAGGUCGAGUUUGCUGUCAGCCGGGUCCAGAUGAAUUUUCUGCACCUACUCAGCUCUGAGGUCACACAGCAUAUCACCAUCCACUGCUUGAACUUGACGGUGUGGCAGGAGGGCACCGGGCAGAUCCCAGCCAAGCAGGCGGUGCGCUUCCGGGCCUGGAAUGGACAGAUCUUUGAGGCUGGGGGUCCUUUCAGGCCAGAGGUGUCUGUGGAUGGCUGCAAGGUCCAGGAUGGGCGCUGGCACCGGACGCUCUUCACCUUCCGCACCCAGGACCCCCAGCAGCUGCCCAUCGUGGGUGUGGACAAUCUCCCGCCUGCCUCAUCAGGGAAGCAGUACCGCCUCGAAGUGGGACCCGCGUGCUUCCUCUGACCUCCGGGCUCCUCUAGGCCUCGUAGAAGAGGGACGAGGAGCAGGGAGUAAGAGGAGGGUCCCCAGGGGCAGAUGACUGCAGGAGAGGCAGCCCCUGUUCUAGCAUCCUGGGGCAGGCCCCAGCUGUGUUCGUACUGCCCAGUAGAAGUGGGGAGCAGGGGACAGGCUGUCCUUGGGAACAGCCCAGCCCAUCUUAGCCCCAAAGACCAACCAAAGAGCUAGCCCAAGCCCACUGGGCCGGCACCCCAGCUCUGUCUCCUGGUAGCCUGUCCCCCAGCUCUGCUACCAGCCCCUUCCCACCCCAGAUUCCUGCCCAAAGAGCCCCACGUUGACGCCAACAGGAGGGAACGGGGCGUCUCGUCGGCUGGUCCCCGCCAGGGAACUUUCGAUGUGCAAUAUUACAAAGGAGACAUGAAAAAAAAAGGAGGAAAGGAAAGAAAGAUGUCUAUAUAGAUUAUUUAAACACAAAGCAGGAAGUGCGUUACUGUGGUCUUCACCUGGGAAAGGUGUAGGCUGAGGGAGAGCAUUGAGGGUGGGCAGGGGCGCGGCCCCAGGGCUGGGGGUUCCCGUCUGCUACCUCCCACCGUGAGCUCACUGGUGCUCCCGAGUGGCACUCGGAGUGUAUGUGACUUUUUUUUUUUUUAAAGAAAACCUUAUUUAAGAUUCUGAAGGUGCUACCGUCUUCACCACAGACUUCGAAGGACCGUUCUGAUGUGAGGCAUCAUCCCACAUCUCCUUCUGUCCUCCAAAUGACCACAUUUGGGGGUCUUUCUGUUUUUUCCUAGCAUCACCCUUCAUGCUUGUCAGGUAAUCUGUUAAGGAGGAAAAAGAAAAAAAAAAAAAAAGACCAAAAAAAAAAAAAACCCCCACCACAAAAUCUCUACUAGAAACCAGAAGUAGAGAUUCCUUUUUUAACUUAUGGACUUGGGAAUGUC